AUGGGCUGCUGCUUCUCUAAAAGGUCAGACCCUAAUGAAAAGGAUCAAGCAGACAAGUCAACUAAGUCAUUGAGAAUGGAAAUAACGUCUCCAGAUGAUUCUCAAGAAAAAAAAGUAAAAAAACAUUUGUCCCAGCUACCAAUUCAAAGAACUAAAAAAUUAUCUUCAUCCUCUUCAUCUCCAAAGACUUCAUCCAGAUCAUCUUCAAAAACAGCUUCAAUUAAAGGUUCUUAUACCUUCCCACCAAGCAAUGAGCUUAAUAAAGAUUGUUUAGGAAAAAUUUUAAAAACUCCAGUUGGAGAAAACUUCACAACAAUAAAAAAAUUGCAUUUAGGACUCUAUGGAGAUAUUUUACUAGUAAACGAUAAAAGAGUCAGCCUUAAAAGGGUUAUAAAAGAAGUAAAAAAAUCAGAAAUUCAGCAAAAAGCGCAUGAAAAAUUAAAUAUGAAAUUUCAAAAGUUUUUAUGCCUUGUAAGAAUAAAUUAG